UCAAACGGCUUCUGUUGAAGACAGGGUGACCACUCUCGUCGCCGUCCUCUCGCUCUCUCUCUCUCUCUCUCUCUCUCUCUCUCUCUACAAUGUUCUUCUGGGACGUUUCUUGAUUCGACUGUCGAUUCUUCUUCAUUCUUGAUUGAAUCCCAAAUUCUUCCAUUUCAAUCGAGGCGAGAAGGAAAGCAUUCAAGACGACGACAAGGAAGGGAACUACAUGAAAUUGAAUGUAUGUAUAUCUAGAGAGGAACCGUUCCUUGAGAGAGAAGAAGAGAAAGGGAGCCAAAAAUGGAGACUCUGACUCGAAUGGAAAAGGAAACUCGCCUUCUGGAGAUCAACUUGAUCUCCGCUCAAGGCCUGAAGCCACCGUCCGGUAACCUGCGCAGGCUGCAAACCUACGCCAUGGCGUGGGUUGACCCCUCCGCCAAGCUGCGGACCCGAGUCGACCGCCUCGGCGCCGAAAACCCUACCUGGAACGAGAAGUUCCUCUUCCGAGUCAGCUCCGACUUCCUCUCCUCCGAGACAUCCGGCGUUUCCGUCGAGAUCUACGCCGUCGGCUACAUCAAGGACCCGCUCGUUGGCACCGUCCGUUUCCUCCUCGGACGCCGCAUCACCGCCGCCGUUGGCACUCCUGCGUUCACCGCUGUGCAGAUCCGCCGCCCCUCCGGCAGAUUCCACGGCGUGCUCAACAUCGCGGCCACCGUGCUGGACGGCCUAGACUUCGCGGCGAUCACUGGUUUGCCGGCGGUGUGUUUUCGGGACCUAGCGAAAGAGAGCUGCCGCCGGCAGCGUCGUCAUGGCCGGAAAGGCUCGGAGAAGACCGAGAUCUCCUCCGGCGGCGAAUCCGGCGACUUCUCGUGCGGAGACUCGGUGGACCUCUCGGACGGCGGCGAUUCCACGACGUCGUCCUCGUCGACCGCAUCAACGGUUUUUAAGGAGCGGAACUGCGAGAGGACGGAGAUGGCGGGAAAAAGCGAUUUGAAAUCGGACGGUGCAGGAAUGCUGUGCGGCUUGAUGCAGCGGAAGAUUCACCUACCGUCAGAUCAACUCUCCAUUGUGUUGGCUGAAAAGGAAAACUGAUCAGUGGCUGAGAUAGUCCGUUAACGGAGCUGAUUAACGGUUGAGGUCAAAAACUCGCCGCCUCCCGGGAUUUUCAGUGAAGGGUCGAUAUGUCCCGGUAAGUAAAUUGAUUCCCCUGUUGUCUUGUACCUCGUUUGGGAGAAAAUCAGAUAAAAAGGUCUAAUCCGCACAUUUACCUUUGUCACUGUAGUGAGUUCCAUGCCUAAACAGCACAAAUGUUAACAACUCUUACUUGAUCAUUUCAUUCAAUUUUUGGGUACCAAACAUAAUCUUAUUAUCUUCUUCAA